AUGGAUUCCGACCAUCGUUUGAAGGCCUACCGAUUUGUAGCCUAUUCGGCUGUCACCUUUUCGGUAGUCGCCGUCUUAUCUGUAUGUGUCACCCUUCCGAUGGUCUACAACUAUGUGAACCAGGUGAAACGUUCGAUGUACGACGAGAUCCGUCACUGCAAGAGCUCCGCCAGCGACAUUUGGGGCGAAGUCACCCACAUCAAGAACUUGCCAAGCGGUAACAGAACCGCCCGUCAGGCUGGAUACAGUGAAGGUGUAAAUGGCGGAGGUAGCAGUGGCGGCGGCGGCGGAGGCGGUGGCGGUGGCGGCGGUGGCGGUGGCGGUGGCGGCGGUGGCGGUGGAUGCAGCGGUUGCUGUCUUCCUGGACCACCGGGACCCGGUGGAAAUCCUGGACGACCUGGAAGACCUGGAAAGCCUGGAGCCAAUGGUAUGCCAGGAAACCCAGGCAGAGGCGGAGGAGGUGGUUGCGGGCCACAAACACCACCCCCAUGCCAGCCAUGCCCAGCAGGACCUCCUGGACCUCCUGGCCCACCAGGACCCCCUGGAGGACCCGGAACGGACGGACCACCAGGAAACAGCGGCUCUGGCAGCAAUGCUGGACCACCCGGACCCAAGGGACCACCUGGUCCUAACGGUAAUCCUGGACAACCUGGAGCACCAGGACAGCCUGGUCAAGAUGCCGUCUCUACCCCACCUACCCCUGGACAACCUGGACCACCAGGACCUCCUGGAGCACCUGGAGCGCCAGGACCUGAUGGACAACCCGGAUCCGGCGGUGGAGCAGGUACACCCGGACCUAAGGGACCCCCUGGAUCCAACGGUCAACCUGGACCACCUGGAAACCCAGGACCACCAGGACCACCUGGAAAUGGUGGAUCACAAGGAGAGCCUGGUAUCUGCCCGAAAUAUUGCGCUAUCGAUGGAGGAAUCUUCUUCGAAGAUGGAACUCGUCGUCGUUAA